GGAAGUGCCUCCCGAGCGCCCUGACAGCCGGGGCGGGCAAACCGGGUGCAAGGCGGCCAGCAAAAAAAAAAAGGAAGGCGCCGGACCGGCAUGGAGGGCCAGGGGGCCGGAGGGGAAGACCCGCCGGGGAAGGGUACCCCGAGGCGGGGUGGCAGCGGCGGGGGACGUCCCUCGGAGGAGGAGAGUAAGAAUAAACCCAAGCUGAAUCUACAGAUAAAAACUUUGGCAGAUGACGUGCGGGACAGAUUAACUAGUUUUAGGAAAUCUGGAGUCAAAAAGGAAAGACUUCUUAUCCAGCACCCUAUCGACUCACCGGCCUCUAUAAACGAAUUGCCAGUGGCUCAGCCGCUGUUUGAUGAACGUUCAAUGAAUUUAUCGGAAAAAGAAGUUAUGGACCUGUUUGAGAAAAUGAUGGAAGACAUGAAUCUAAAUGAAGAACGAAAAGCUCCUUUACGGAAUAAAGAUUUGACCACGAAACGUGAAAUGGUUGUCCAGUACAUUUCUGCAACUGCCAAAUCUAUAAUUGGAAGUAAAGUUUCGGGUGGCCUGAAAAACAAUAAACACGAGUGCACGUUGUCAUCACAGGAGUAUGUCCACGAACUACGAUCGGGUAUCUCAGAAGAAAAACUUCUCAACUGUUUAGAAUCGCUGAGGGUGUCUCUAACAAGCAAUCCAGUAAGUUGGGUUAACAAUUUUGGACAUGAAGGCCUUGGGCUUCUCCUGGAUGUCCUUGAAAAACUCCUUGAUAAGAGACAGCAAGAAAGUAUUGACAAGAAAAAUCAACAUAAGCUUAUACAGUGCCUCAAAGCUUUUAUGAAUAAUAAGUAUGGACUACAAAGAAUAUUGGGAGAUGAACGAAGCCUUCUCUUACUUGCCAGAGCAAUUGAUCCAAAGCAACCAAACAUGAUGACUGAAACAGUGAAAAUACUCUCUGCCAUUUGUAUCGUUGGAGAAGAAAACAUGCUCGACAAAAUUUUAGGAGCUAUAACAAUUGCAGCUGAGAGAAAUAAUGGAGAACGAUUUGCUAACAUAGUGGAGGGGCUCGAAAAUCACGAAGCUCUGCAAUUACAGGUUGCCUGCAUGCAGUUCAUAAAUGCCCUUGUCACUUCUCCAGAAGAGCUUGAUUUUAGGGUGCAUUUGAGAAACGAAUUCCUGCGCUGUGGGCUAAAGAAAAUAUUACCAGGCCUAAAAGAGAAGGAAAAUGAAGAACUUGAUAUUCAGUUGAAAGUAUUUGAUGAAAACAAAGAGGAAGAUUCAAUUGAAAUGGCCCAUCGUCUCAAUGACAUCAAAGUGGAAAUGGACGAUGUGAAUGAAGUUUACCACUUGCUGUAUAAUAUGUUGAAAGAAACAGCUUCAGAAAACUACUUUCUAUCAAUUUUACAGCAUUUUUUACUCAUAAGGAAUGAUUAUUAUGUACGCCCUCAGUAUUACAAGAUAAUAGAAGAAUGUGUUUCGCAGAUAGUGUUGCAUUGUAGUGGUAUGGAUCCUGACUUCAAAUGUAGAGGACGAUUGGAUGUAGACUUCACGCAUCUUGUGGACAGCUGUGUGAACAAAGCAAAAGUUGAAGAAAGUGAGCAAAAAGCUGCAGAUUUUUCCAAAAAGUUUGAUGAAGAAUUCACAGCUCGGCAGGAAGCGCAAGCUGAGCUUCAGAUGCGUGAGGAGAAAAUCCGACAACUUGAAGCUGAAAUCCAGCAGUUGCGAACCCAGGGUUCUGCAUCGUCUUCAAGUGGUGGGCCUCCUCCUCCUCCACCCCCACCCCCUCCUCCAUUGCCAGGUCAUUUGGCUUCUGUUGCCCCUCCCCCUCCCCCUCCUCCUCCCCCGCCACUACCUGGAGGUGUGGCACCUCCCCCUCCCCCUCCUCCACCUAUGUUUGGUGGUCCACCGCUGCCACCACCACCACCAUUUUUUGGGGGGAUACCUCCUGUAGUAACCGCACCAGUGCUUCCUUUUGGGAUGAAGCCAAAGAAGAAAUACAACCCAGAUGUAACUAUGAAGAGAAUCAACUGGGCCAAGGUUGAACCGCAUGAGAUACAAGAGCACUGUUUUUGGGUGAAAGCUAAGGAUGAAAAAUUUGAAAAUCCAGAUCUGUUUGCCAAACUGGCACUCACUUUUGCCACACAGAUGAAGGCGAAAAAGACAGUGGAGAAUGUGGAGGAGAAGAAGAUGAUAAUGCCCAAGAAGAAAGUGAAAGAAUUAAGAAUAUUGGAUGGGAAGACUGCCCAAAAUUUGUCUAUUUUCCUGGGAUCUUUCCGCAUGCCUUACCAAGAAAUAAAACACAUUAUAUUAGAAGUAGAUGAAGCAAAACUAAGUGAAGCAUUAAUUCAGAACCUGGUUAAAAAUCUCCCUGAACAAAAAGAACUUAAUGCCUUAGCUGAACUGAAGAAUGAAUAUGAUGAUCUCUGUGAGUCAGAACAGUUCGGAGUUGUGAUGAGCUCCGUGAAACUACUGCAGCCUCGUCUCAACGGGAUCCUUUUCAAGCUCACGUUUGAAGAGCACAUCAACAACAUCAAGCCCGGCAUCAUGGCUGUCACAAUUGCGUGUGAGGAGCUGAAGAAGAGUGAAAGCUUCACUAAGCUUUUAGAACUUGUGCUAAUGAUUGGGAACUACAUGAAUUCCGGCUCAAGAAAUGCCCAAUCGCUGGGUUUUAAUAUUAGUUUCCUUUGCAAGAUUAGAGACACAAAAUCAUCUGAUCAAAAAACAACCCUGCUUCAUUUCCUGGCUGAUAUUUGUGAAGAGAAAUAUCAAGACAUCCUAAAAUUCCCCGAUGAACUUGAACAUGUAGAAAGUGCAAGCAAAGUUUCAGCUCAAAGUCUUAAAAGCAAUCUCGAUUCCAUGGGACACCAGAUUCAGCGUUUGGAAAAUGACAUCAAGAAGUUCCCCCAAAUAGAAGAUCCUCAUGACAGAUUCGUUGAAAAAAUGAUCAGUUUUUCCAAAAGUGCCAGAGAACAAUACGAAAAGUUAUCGAACAUGCAUAACAACAUGAUCAAGCUGUACGAUAAUUUGGGAGACUAUUAUACUUUUGAUUCCAAAUCUGUGACCAUUGAAGAAUUCUUUGGAGAUCUAAGCACAUUCCGGACGUUAUUUUUGGAAGCGUUGAAGGAAAACCAUAAAAGAAGAGAAAUGGAGGAAAAAACCAAGAGGGCCAAACUUGCCAAAGAAAAAGCAGAGCGUGAAAAAUUGGAACGGCAGAAGAAGAAAAAGCAGCUGAUUGACAUGAAUAAAGAAGGGGAUGAGACGGGAGUGAUGGAUAAUCUGUUGGAAGCACUACAGUCUGGGGAAGCGUUCAGGGAUCGGAGAAAACGAAUGCCAAGGCCUCAAGAUAACCGGAAAGUAACUUUAGAAAGAUCCCGUUCCCGUCAGAAUGGGACAGUUGCAGCUGUAUGAUCUUCCCCAUGCCAAAGAACUAUUUUGCUCACUUCACGUGGACAACGUGAUGCAAACGGAGCGCGAAGAGCAACCGUGAGCAGAAAUUAAAACUUAAAACCAGAAAGAUGACAUAUUUUUUACGAACCUUCCUGUAUAGAAGAGAGAGAGAGAGAGAGAAAAACCAACUUAGUGUACAUUUACGAAGAAAAACUUCAAGAGCUAAAAGCAGUGUUAUAAAACGGCUCUAUUUCUAUCUUCUUUUUUUUCUUCCUUUAGUAAUGCCGUUUUGAACGGGCAACCAAGGAUGCAGAUAUGAAUGAGGGAGUUAUUUGCAGCUCUCACAAACGAUGGGAAUGAUAUAUAUAUAUAUUUUUUUCAGUUUCAAUUAACAGCGUCGAAAGAUCAGGUCAGCGAUUCAGUUUUAAUUCUUAUUUUGACAUAAAAGGAAAAAAAAAUCAGCAUAUUAAUGAAUUUAGACGAACUGAUACAGAAGAUAAGGCACCGUUACUCGCAGACACAGGGGAACCCUAUCCCGUCAAUUUUUUCUCGAUUCCUAUUUCAGGGUUUCAAGCAAGAUGGAUUCAGCUCUUUGAGUUUCAAUCAAAACUUUAUUACAAGUCUUCAGCCUCGGCGGUAGAAAGAUAUUUAUAGCUGCUUUAAAAGCAAGAUUGAAGCAAAGUUUGCACCAUUUGCAAAUUCAGCUAAAGAAGGAUUUUUAAAUUGGGCACAUAUAUAAACUUUGCAUCUAUAGUUUGAGGUGAGGGGGGGGGAAAUCUUGUUUGAUAAAUCUUGUGAUACUUGUUUUGGAGUUUAAAAUCUAUCAAUGGGUUAAGGAAUCAGAAUUAGUUUUCUUUGGUUUAGCUAGACAAACUUUCCACGCUCUUUGGGCUCGCAAAAUCCUAAUGAAGAAAGAGACAGGGGAAGAAAAAAAAACCUGAACACCACUCAUAAACAUAUCACUCUCCUAUUUUAUCAUUUAUAGCAAUUCUCACAAAUAAGUUUACAGAAGUAAUUUUGAUGCACUUUGGGAGGUGGCAAAGGAAGGCUGAUAUUACCAUUUUAAGUGUUAUUUGAAACUCAGGCAAACCAGCAACAAAAAAAUAUUACACCACAUCUGAGAUUCCUAAAUAGUGGUGUGUGUUGCUUUUUUUUCCCUUUUUCAAAACAUCUCCCGUCUACAUCAAUUGUCUACUUUAAAUGCACGAAGUUUCCAUUUUAAUUUUCUGAAGCAUUUCUAUGCUUCAUAGAACAUCAGAAUCACACACACACACAUAAAAGUAGAAUAGCUAGCUAUCUAUAUAUUCUUUGCUUAUUGAAACCUAUUGCUCCUGCAUGGGCUCCCGAGGAAAUUGGCAAGUAUGUAAGUUUGCCUUGUAGAGAGAUUCUAGAUAAAUGCUAUUCUUAAUUUUCCUAUUAGACCAAGGAUGACUUUAAAAAAUGACUUACAAUACUGCCCACUCUUGUUCCAAAGAACACAGGGAAGUUGCAGAACAUCUAAACCUUCUUAUAGAUGUUAACCACUUACGGUAGACAACUAGAUGUCUUUGCAUUCCAGCUAAAGAAAGAAGGUCAACCUUGUCUGAGGAGUUUUCAAUCUCUUAAAUUCAAAGCCUGCACCUCAGUAGGUACUUUAUUAUCAAGCAAAGUUGUGGAAUUGUUUGUGUGGAACCAGUACCUUGAUGGCUUUAUAUCUGGCAUAAAGUUCAAAACCUCUUACUAAUUUCACAGGGGACUGAUGCGAUCAGUUGUUUUGUAGAAUUGGAUGUCAACUAGGCGUACUAGUAUCCUUGACAUAUUGCUAACAGAUGUUUCUGACAAUCACUAACAGUUUUAUUAAAAGAGGAAGCAUUCUGAAGUUAUCUCUGUAAGAAUUUAUAAAUAGGCAAACAAUGCUGUUCCUAUCAGUUUGAUUUACCUUGCUCUAGCAUACACGUUGAGACUCAGUGUUUUGUUUCAUACAUAAAGUCAAAAUGAUAACUUACGUGAAUGGCCAAAAUGUUUUCCGAUGUACAGCGUUUACAAAUAAUACAACGAAACUCAGAGAUGGCAUAAGUCAUUUCCUACUAAUUGAAAGCCAAAACGUUCACACAAUUAUCAGAUCGUCUUAAACAUAACCUUCUUUACUUGAUGCAGUUUUUUCUUUUUUUCUGACCAUUACCGAUUUUGGCUGUAUUGUUGUUUUUGUUGUUUUUUCAUUUCCUGACAUUUUGCUGGUCGUAUGCGACUUGAGAUUUUAGAGAACAAAAAAAAAUCUAAAAUGGAACAAAUGCAGCGCAUUCUCUAAACACGUUCUGGUACUUUCUCGGCCCACUAACUCCGCUGGAAUAUUUUUUAUGUAAAUUAAAAGACAUGUACCUUAAUAAAGCAAAGAGAAAAAUAUAUAUUGUAAAUAGAGGAUAUUUGUAUUUAUAAAAAAAAAAAAAUUCCAAGAAGUAUUUUCUGAACUUCAUGUUGGAUUGUUGAAUCUUUUGAUACUUUUUAUUCACUUUAAACAUUCAAGGUUUUUUUUUUAAAAAAAACAAACAAACAAGAAAACAACCUUGAUUUUGCUAUUGAUGUGAUUUCCUGCUUUGUCGUAUGUUUACUUGGUGACUUAGGAAAACAGCUUCCAAAUCUGCCUUGCCUUAUUUGCUAAUUUUAAGAAGGAAAAAAAAACCACACCAAAUGCAUUCAUUGCUUGCAAAUACACACAGAGACCUAUAAAUGCAUGGACAUUUGCAUGUACACACAUAUAGCUCUCAUAUAUAUAUAUACAUACAUAUAUGUGUGUGUGUGUGUGCAGGGAAAGAUGUUUAAAAGAAUAAACUGAGAAAAAAAGUCAGAAAUCGAUGGCGAGGCUUCAAAAUAUUCAUAGCAUAGAGAGCUGUUUGUAAGUAUUAUUAUAAAAUUCUCAUUCAGUGUACGAAAGAAAGCUAAAUUCUGUGGUUUUAUACUGUUAUGCAAACCAUAUAACACAUCACACACAUACACACACAUUUCAUUUUCUUAAAAAAUAACUAAAUCAGCAGUAAGGUUUUGCUCUGUAAUACUCGCUUUUCAAAUAAAGUUGUCCACAGGUGUUUAGGAGGCAGUAAACAUAGUUUGUGCUUUGAUCUUGCAACCAUCAUUCCCAGCAUCUAAGUGUUACCGUGAGGAUGGAAAUAAAAAUUUGCUGAUUUCUGUAGACAAUGCUGAACUGAUGCUUUGAAAUCAAACCACUAUGAAAAAUUUAUAAAUAAGUCACCUUAAACGGCUUCUAGAUCUGUGUAUGUAGAUGACUGUGACUAAAGUUUACCUAUCAGUUCUGACCACUAUGUACUAAUUCAUUCAUUGCUUCCUCCCUCCCUCCCUUCCUCCCUCCCUGUUCCUACCUACCUUCCUUCCUUCCUCCCUCCCUCCCUCCCUCCCUGUUCCUACCUACCUACCUUCCUUCCUUCCUUCCCUUCUCUCUCUCUCUCACACACACACACAUUCCUCUAAUGUUGUAUACAUAUAUACCCACAUGCAUACAUACAUGCAUACAUGUUGUAUGUAGAUACUAUCUCAGAAUGCUGUUUUACUACAUACAGACUAUUCUUUUCUUCUUCUCCUUCUCAGUUA